AUGAUGGCCUUUGCGAAGAAAAUUGUAAUUUUCGACGCUGAAUUAAUUUUCAAUAUAAGGGGUCUUCAGUUUUGUCUGGCGAGAUCAAGUGAAGGAAUUGCGUAUGAGCUAAAGUCUGAGAUACAUCAUAAAACGCUGAUAGAAGGACUUAGACUUUUAAAUGCAGAUGUCCCUAGAGAAAUGCUGCUAUCCUACUUAAAUACUAUUAGGCCCACUAUAAAUUCUUAUCAGACGUUAAAAGCGCUAUCAGAUUCUUCUUCACAAAUUAAGUUGCUUACUCCCCCCCUCCGUGAGCGAAUAAAAAAAUCUUGUUCGCUCAUAGAGGUGUUGAAUUUUUUUUUAAAAAAGUUAUAUAUAAAUUUUAUAGUCCAAAAUUUAAAAAGCUUUAUUCGAAAAAUUGGAAAGCAAAUAUUAAUUUAAUUUGUAAAAAAAAUAUUGUUUUAGAACGCAAUUUGUUAAAAUUAAAUAGAGUUAGCUAGAGAUUUCAUUAUACUAAUUAUCACUUAUAUAUCAAAUUUUUUUUCCAUAAAAAAUUUUUGUUCGCUGGGGGGAGUUAGUUUCUUUGAAAAAGACGUUCUGGAAACCACAAUUGAGUCUUUAAAGCCUUUUAAAGAAUUGCUAGGCGACUUAUCUGAACAGAUCAUCUAUACUUCUGCCAGCACUAUUUUAGAGGAUCUCUUCCACAUCAAGCAGCAUGAGCAUCAAAUUAUUGUAGCACACUUCGAUUCAGCCCAGAUGCUAAAACAGAACGGAUUUCAAGUCUCACAUGUAAAAUUCCCCAACGAGCCUGGAAAUGAAGAAAGUUUAAAUAGCCUGAGAGCAAUUUUACCAAGCCAGCCUGAUCCUUAUGAUGAUUAUCAAUAG